CCUGAAGGAUCCAAUACUCCACCCAUACCCAUUCCAGCCCGGAAACCUCGAUAUCCAGACUCAGCAGCUCAGCCAGCUUUUAUACCAAGCCGAUCCACAAAGCCCUCCCAUCCAGAUAGUUUCCAAUUCCCCAAACCUAGUUUGAGUCCAACACAUGACGUUGGGAGAAAUAUGUACGAUGUUGGGGGAGCCGUACCAAAAACUUCAAGGAUUCAACCCCAAGUAAGUCCUCAACUCCAGGAAAAUCUCCACGACUUAUACAGAAAAGCACUGCAUCUGUUGAUCUUGCUAACACUAGUCUUGACCAGUUGGCAGCCAGCUUAGACAUGCCAGUGGAACAGUUAGCCAGGAUGACUGUAGUAGAGUUAGCUGCUUGCUUAGCCCAGCUGCAGCUGAGACAGGGAGGUGAUCUUGAAAACCAGGCCAAGGAAGAUAUCCAGACACAUGGAAUGUCUUCUGGAGAGCAGUCUGGUAGAAGAUCUAGAGCUUCAAGUAGAGAUCACAGUAGAGACCGAUUUGCUUUUGAUGAGGAUGAAAUGUUUGCAAAAUUUGAUGCGCAGUUUCCAAAGAGCCCAGUGGAGCCCCCAGAAUUUGGUGUUACAAGUAAUCAGCAGUCAACACAUGCUGUUGGAGCACCAGUCAGUGAAGACAGAUAUGCUGUAUUCAGAGAACUUUCAACAACAGUGAACAAACAAAAGUCAGUUUUUGAUGAAAACUUUUUGACACCACAGAAUUCCAUGGAUGAAGAAGUUUCAGAAGUUUCAUCUGGCACUUUCAAAGCAAACUUUGAGAGUGAUCUCAGGAAAGAUUCCCUUGAUCGAAAAUCAUCUCUCAGUGAUGACGGUGAAAUUGGUGAGCUGGAGAAGGACAAAGAGUGGCAUCCACCAAACCAUGAUCUCGAAUGUGUGACAGUUUUUAGAAGCCCUGAGAUUAGUGAGUAUGACAACUUCGAACCCACUUUUGAUGCCAAGUUCGACGAUGAUUUCUCGGCUGCUACCUUGAGUGAGAAGAGCAUUACACCUGUCAAUUCUCCUACCCCACAGAGAUAUACAAGUCCACGACCACAGAGGAAGCAGAUAGAGGCACACAAGUCACCUUUUACAGAUGAUUUUAGUUCUGUUAGUAUUUCCUCCAAACAAACUUCUGGACGCCAGGAGAGAACGGAGUCAGAAACCUCAUUUGCCAGUUUUGAUGAUAAUUUUGUGCCUCCUGCAGAAGGAGAUAAAUACUCAAACUACCAAGACUUUACUGGCAGUGGAAGAGUAUCAAGGCAAGACUCACAGAGAAAGUCACCAUUUGUAGAUAAUUUCAUUGACUCCAAAGGAAAAGAUCAGAUUGAAGAUAGUGGAUUCACCUCAGGCUUUGGAGAUAGCACAGACACCUUCGAUGAUCCUUUUACCAGUGUGGAGCCAAAAUCAAGGAGUGCAUCCAGAGGAAGUUCGGAGAUGAUGAAAGUUUCUAUUGAAAGAGAAACAACUCUCCAGCCACCAGUUGACACAACAGUUACCAAAAGAAAAAGUCCAUUUGAUGAUGACUUUACUAAUCGCGGUGAUCGUUACGAGGUGUUAAAGGAGGUUGAAAGCGAAAGAGAACCGUCUCUGGAAGGGGAGGUGAGUCGGUUAACAAGACAGGGAGAUGCAAGGGGAUCUCCCUUUGAGGACUCCUGGCAUGGAUCUCAGAGAAAUACGCCUUUUGAUGAUCAAAAGUCCAUUGGUUCACUACAUUCCAUUCAUGAAGAACAUCGAAACAUU